CUGAAUAACCGGGCGUGGUUUUUGCUUAACUGCGUUGGGCAAAAGAAAGAAUUCCAUCCAUCUGCAUUGCCUUCCAUUGUCUGUCCAGCCUCUCGAUCGAGCGCACCUCCCACUCGAGAGGUUAUCGCCCUGAUCUCAAAGAAAUGUCAGGCAUUUUUGACGAAACAUUUCAUGUUUUGUGUUCCAUCAGCCUUGCAAAAUACCAGAAUAUUUGUAUUCUACAAUUUCUAACCAAAUCACUUUCCGUCCGGAAUCGUAGCCUAUAUUUCUAUGAUUUAUAUAGGCCAAUGAGAUCAAUGCUGUGACCGCAGCGAAGGAUAGGUUAGUAAACAUAUCAUAAAGACAUUUGGACAAUGUCCUCACGAAUGCUUUCAUGAUAAACCUGUGUGAUUGAUUCUGAAUGCUGCGCCGAGAGAAGGCUAAUUCUGGAGUUUUGGGCAACAGUGGAUGCUGCGCCGAAGAAUGGGAUACUCCGACCCUACGUCGGGUAGAGAUUUACUCGGCAAUAGGUCGCUUUGUUUUAUAUUCAUUUGCGCAUUUGGACUGGUUACACUUUUACAACAGAUUCUUUAUGGCAAAAACUACAUUAAAAGUGCGCAACAGUUUAGCCGACUCAAAGGAGACGAGACAGGAAAUUGGACCGGCCCUGUUAAUUUCUCGGAUGAUGGAUCUCUGAAGCCUGCCAGAAAUGGGAAGAAAAGGUAUCUGGAUUCAUACGAUGGAUCCUAUGACUACAACUCCACUGCAUGUAAAGAGCUCAGACAGGAGAUUAUGGAUGUCAAAGUCCUGACCAUGGUGAAGACGUCGGAGCUGUUUGAGAGAUGGAGGAACCUGCAGGUGUGCAAGUGGCAGCAGAACAUGGUGGAGACUAACAACUUCAAGAUGUCUCUGUCGCGUUGCUGUAAUGCACCUUCCUUCUUGUUCACCACCAAGAGGAACACCCCAGCAGGCACCAAGCUGAGGUAUGAGGUGGACACCAGUGGCAUCCUGCCCAUCACUACUGAGGUCUUCAAGAUGUUCCCCCACGACAUGCCGUACUCCAAGUCCCAGUUCAAGAAAUGUGCUGUUGUUGGAAACGGAGGAAUCAUCAAGAACAGCAAAUGUGGGAAGGAAAUUGACUCAGCAGAUUUUGUGUUUAGAUGCAACAUACCACCCAUCAGCGAGAAGUAUUCUGCUGAUGUAGGCUCCAAAACAGAUCUGGUGACGAUUAAUCCAAGUAUUAUAACAGAGAGGUUCCAGAAGCUAGAGAAGUGGCGGCGGCCAUUUUAUGAGGUUCUUCAGAACUAUGAGAACUCGUCGGUGGUCCUACCCGCCUUCUACAACACGCGUAACACUGAUGUCUCCUUCCGGGUAAAGUACAUGCUGGACGACUUUGACUCCCAGAGGGGUGUGUUCUUCUUCCAUCCUCAGUACCUGCUCAACGUCCAGCGCUUCUGGGGUGUCCAGGGUGUCCGCGCCAAACGCCUCAGCAGCGGCCUGAUGCUGGUCACCGCCGCCAUGGAACUGUGCGAGGAGGUCCACCUCUACGGCUUCUGGGCAUUUCCCAUGAACCCCUCAGGCAUCUUCAUCACGCACCAUUACUACGACAACGUCAAGCCCCGCCCCGGGUUCCACGCUAUGCCCCACGAGAUCUUUAACUUCCUGCACAUGCACACGCGAGGCAUCCUCCAUGUACACUCGGGAGCCUGCACGUGAUUGUGAACCAGAGUCACGCCCACACCGCAAUGUAUCGUGGGGAGUCACCAUUUGUUUUUGUCUGUUGUCUGUCACCAUCUGUUUUUGUCUGUUGUACAUUUUUCAUAUCUUAAUUGAAAGGUACAAUAUUUUUUAUCUUACAGUUGACAAGAGCCUUUUAAACUCACGCCGUAUAUCUGGGGGCUCUACAGUAGCUCCAUGAAUUGGAGGUUGCUUGCUUUAAUGCAAACACUGUCUACUUAAUGUGUUUCUUACUCUCUUGCUGAAUAAGCAACUCCAAUGACCGCCGGUAUUUCUGAUUCUGUUAAUGUAGGUUGCUUGUUUUAAUGUAAAGUGGUCUUUCCGAGUGAUGUCGUUUUUGUGAAAUCUUAGUGGCUCGGUGGUACUACUGCUGUACAGAUUUGAACUCAACGUUGCACAAGUAUUUACACUGAUAUAGGGCCACUCUGUGUCCCUCACCUCCUCCUGUACCUUGUCUUUGCCACUUCCUGUGUUAUGAUUCCCACCCAUCUAUGUGCUAUCUUUCUCAGACACUGUGGGUGAGGCAGCUUUUAUGUAUGUCUGUGUAAGAAGCCUGAAUACUAUUGAUGUUGUAGCAAAUCCAAAAUAUAUCUUCAAAGAUCCAACAGUUCAACUUUCUGUUGUCCAGCUACAUUAACCUGUUUUACAGGGGUAAAUAUUUCAUAUAAAACACUGUUAACACUCCUGACCAGAGAUUACCUUUUUCACAGGUCCACUUUCUUCUGUAUAACUAACUUGCCAAACGCUGGAAUAUAUCCUUGGAUAUUAUUGAUGUGAAAUGGUGGUGUUUUAAUUGCUGGCUGUUUUUGGACCAAGGCCAGAUGAUGAAUAUUUUCUAAUCUACACCACCAUAGUAAAAUCUCUGACCUCCAGAACAGACAGUCCUAGUCACUCUGCAUGGCCAGGAGUGUUUCCUCACCUUGGGACCUGACUGGGAACAUUCUAGGUCCUAGUUGUAGCCUAUAUUAUGUUAUGGCCUGUAACUAGGGCUUUGAGGUUUUCCUGGUCAGGUCACAUAGUCAGAGAACGAUACCCUGGCCCUAGUUAUUGGGUACUUUUGAGCAAUCUGAUUUGUCUCUGUCAUUCAUGUCUUAAAACCACGCUGCCUUACUGUACAAAUCCUCUCUCAGAUAUGCAAUUCAGCCCUGCAUCACUUCUCUAACGGAUGAUCACAUCAAACAAACGCUUGGUCUUACUGUCUGCUGACAGUGUAACCUCGUUAAGAAAAGGCUCACUUCUGCUGUUGAAAUGACUUCAUAUUCUAUAAUUACUGUAAAAUAGAAUACCAUUUGCAUACUCGUGAUGCUGUGCAUGAUGAUACUGUAUUAUUUGCUUUGUGUGUGCCUGCAACCACCACUGAAAUAUGUUUACAAUGAUCAGCUUCUGCUAAAGCUCCCAGUGCACUGCGAGAGAUGGAACCUUUUACAUCACCGAACCUUGAAUAGAUUUUAAAAGAGAAUUGAGUGAUGGAUGCACUUUUUCACAGAUGAUGGAAAGGAAUGACUAUUAUCGGCCCGUUUUGAAAUAAGAUAAUUAUUGUCACUGCAUCGUGUAAUUUUUCCCUUUGUGACAAUGUACCCUUGAAAGCAUUGUGGAUCUCGGCCUUGGAAUGCUGUAUGUUUCUAUUAAUAUUUAUUGUGUUUAACUGUGACAGAGAAGAGGAACGUUGCUGACUGAACUGAAAACAUAGGACCGUUCUUCUGUACAUGCAAUGCCCCAAAUUACCAUGAUAUUUAAAAGACAUUACUCCUAAAAAAUGUGGACGAUUCUUUCACCUGUAACUCAGUCACACAGAUUGUGUGUAAAAGAUAAAAUGCACAAGGUACAUUUAUUCAAUCUGUAUGAGCACAUUAUUAAACCUUUUCAGUUUGACUCAGAAUCACAAAAUAUCAUACAUUUUAUAGAGUAAAAAAAGAACUAAGUAGAAGAAUUGGUCUGAAAAUGAAUGGAUAGAAUGAAUACAGCUUGAACAGUGAUACAAAACCUAUAUUCUGGAUCAUCUUUAUAUUGUGUCUGUAAAUAAACUUGUUUGGCUUUUC